GGUUUAACUGAUUCUAAAGCAAAAUCGACACCACUGCCUGAUUGAAAACAAUGAACAAUCAAAUAAAAUAAAUUAUAAAAAUUCGAUUCCGUGUACAUCAGCACAAAAUUUUACUUGAUUUUGUUUCGACACGUUAACAAAAGCUUUUUAAAACCGAACAGAUUUCAGUUUUAUAAAUUCGUUCGUGAAACUAAAUAGUGUUAAUCGUUUUGACGGAAAACCAAAUUAGUUAUGGUAUUUCAUGAUGAGCGCUUUAUUGGAUGAUAACAGCAUCGUUUUGACGGACCUUCAGCAUGAAGUUAUAGAACAGUUGAGGGAACUGAUGAAGAAUGACUAUCGACAUAUACGCUUUCAGCAAGAUGUCAACUUCUUAACCAAAUUCUUGUAUGCCAACGACUGGAAUGCUGAAGAAGCUCUUAAUAAAAUAGUUAAUUCCUAUCGGCUAAAAAAAGAUUUUCCAGAGUGGUUCGCCACGAAAAAGGUGUCUGAGUAUUUACCAAUCAUUCAAAUGCACUCACGGUAUAUGUUAGCUGAUAGAGACAGAAAUGGCAAACGAAUCUUUGUGUACAAAGGAGACAAAAUGAACACUCCCCGUAUGAAUUUGAGAAUGUCCGCUCAAUUAGACGAUAUGUGGUAUGAUGCAAUGCUAAUGGACACGUCCACACAGUGCAAUGGUUUAACGGUCAUCGCAGACGCUAAGAAUACUCCCAAAUCGAUCAUAAAAUGGCUGAAACCAAGUGAUGUGAGAGUUUCAUCGGAACGGGCGAAUGUUUUUCCUUGCAAAAAUUUGGAGGUGCAUGUGGUGAACAUAUCGCCGUUAGUUAAUAUCGCUAUAAAAGUUAUAAUGCCGCUAUUGAAUGAUAGAGUCAAAUCGAAGCUUCAUUUUCAUCAAAAUGAUUGGACGAUGUUACACAAAUUUAUCGACAAAGACUGCUUACCGGAGGAAUUUGGUGGACCGCCUGGAAGUAAAGUGGACUACGAAAAAUCCUACAAAUUUUUGCUGGAUAAAGAAAGCAGUUUAGAGGAGAGCAUGCAGCACGGAAUUAUUUAAAACCGUAGAGCAAAAUGACAAAAAUAAAUGGAAAAACUAACGUUGUAAGGCCUGCUGUAAAUCGACUACCUCACCUACUAAACUAACACAAAUACUGAUAAAUAAUCAAUGAAAUCAAAGAAAUGUCUUUUAGAAUCAGUUGGUCAUCUGUAAUUGACAAACACUAGAAGAAGUACCCAUAAACUCUGGCU